UUCUCACUGUUUGCAUGCUGUAUAAAUAAUCGUUUUAUUUUCCUCCAGAACGCACGCUUUUAUUUCCCUUUCUUCUUUCUCAGACAACUACUUCAAACCAACUCCAAUUAAUAUAAGCUAUGGCCGGAACAGUUUACAUUGUCAUCUACACACUCUAUCAUCACAUCUACAAGCUGGCUCUGGAAGUCCAGAAGGGCUUGGAAGCUAACGGUGUCAAAACCAAGAUCUUUCAAGUUCCCGAGACUCUGACUGACGAGAUUCUCGAAAAGAUGCACGCUCCUCCUAAGCCUGAUUUGCCUGUCAUUUCCGUCGAGGAACUCACCGAACCUGAUGGUAUCAUCUUUGGUAUUCCUACAAGAUUCGGUACCAUGCCCGCACAAAUGAAAGCUUUGCUCGAUGCUACAGGCAAACUCUGGGCUACUGGUGCGUUAUCCGGCAAGUUUGCUGGCACUUUCUUCUGCACUGCAUCGCAGCACGGUGGUCAAGAAACCACAGCCUUGACUACUGUCACCUACUUUGCCCAUCACGGUAUGAUCUAUGUGCCCUUCGGCUUUGCCCACACCGCCCUUUUCGAUAACAGUGAGGUUAUUGGUGGUUCCGCUUACGGAUGCGGCACUGUGUCAAAUGGUGAUGGUUCGCGUCAACCUACAGAGAAGGAGCUGGCUAUUGCCAAAACACAAGGCGAGAAUUUUGCCAAGGUUGUGUCUACCUACAAGCUUGGUAGUAGCAGCAACUGAUGAUUACAUAAGUGGACAAUACAUGCGAUUGAUUUUGAACUGGCUCUUCGGCUUCCCAGAAAGAACAUAUUAGCAGUUUAAUAUACAAAGUUUUAUAAUCAAAGAUCGAAGAAAGCCUGGUUCUAAGUGUCGUGUAUGAUAUUGUAAUAUAAACUUUGAAACAUAUAAACAAGCUCCCUUUACAAAGUUUCAUUGGUUCUUUUCCUCACUCUUUUCUUUCCUCUUUUCGACCAUGCACGAC